ACCCGAUGGGGAAUGGCAGGGGUUGCCUAGUCGUGGAUGGCAGGGGCCGCGUGAUCAUAGCGUGUGGAUGCGGAAGAGAAGAUGUCCCCUUCAUCCCAUCCAGACUUGCCCGCCUUCUCAUCGCUGUUUCAGGCCUUGCAGGACGGGAAGUAUGCUCUCAGGCUGAGAUCGCAGGCCUUAGAGUAGAAAUCGUAAUGAGGAAACAAUUCAUGGUAGUUCUGAUCCCGUACAGUCAGGGACAAGUGAUUAUGAACAUAGAAGCGCUUCAUAUCGCACACAUGCUGGAGCUGAUGUACAAGAGUUACUUUGAGAGAGAACAAGACGUUCGUGAGGAUAACGGCUACUGCGCUCAAACAGAGCUGAGCGAUCAGAUUGAACUUGAGGUCAGUGACAACGCGCAGACUCUUCCAGCUUUCCUCGAGUUUCAAAAUUCAUAUCUAGCAAACACUCUGCUGGAAGAGCCAGCCUGCAAGAAGUGGCUGCUCCCCCUUGCAAACUUGGAGUGGAUAUUUCAAGUCGAUCUCAUAUCUGCUGAAUGUUCACAAAGAUUUUUGACAUUAAACGGCCCAGAGCACAAAGAUGGCAUGUGCAGUAUCUGCAAAGCAACCACAUGCAGCACAAAGUUUUGGUCGCACGUGUUUGACAAGGUCUUGGCAUUGACGGUGGACUCGAAGAGAAGCAUUCAACCCUUUCAGUGGAACUUACCGACCCAUCACGACCACGAGCUUAGCAUCUUCUUGCAGCCCGUUGAAGCUCGCGCGUGUGGGUUCUCUUUGUGUCUGGUCGUGUUGAUGAUGCAGGGAGACCUCUGGGCUCUUGAUAGGAAAGCCGCCAAGGUUGACAGUAGGAAUCACGAUCUCUACAGCCGCCUCCAAGAGAGGAUGGAGGUGGUAGCGGACGCCAUCGCCGUGGCUUUCCCUUCCUCUUUCGGGGUCGAUGACGAGAGAUUAUUGUCAAGCCACAAGAUUCUCAUGCCAGUCCCUCCCAAGCGGCAGAAGAGCAAGGAUGCGACAGGAUUGAGCAGCAACCCCUUCCGCGCUCGUCAUCUCAAAGAGCCGCACCCCGCGAUGAAAGGCGAUGAUGGCGAAGCAUUAGCUGUACAUGCCAGUCAGGAGCUCCGACCAGACAUAGAGAAGCGCGCGAGGGAGCAAGACAAGGUUGCGGGAGCAGUAGCGGGCGAGCGGUCACAAACCUUACGAUCCUCGAGGCUGUGGCAGGACUUUGGGUUCACGUCGCCACGAAAGCAAGACGUUCAGUCAGACACAAGCCCCUUCGACCUUGUCGAGCUCUAUAAGGGAACUCCCGAGAAGUCUCGUCGCACGCACAGUUUGCGAUCACCUCAAGCCGAAGAGAUCGAGUCCUCGAGGGAGGUUGGGGGCAGCGACUCUCUGACUUUGCCAAUGGACCUCGAGCAGUCCAAGGAGGAAGACGCUGCUGUGCUUGUGUCACCUGCUACCAAUCUCUCGAAGAACCUUGACAACAUCAUGCUGUAG